UGUCACGCCAGCUACCUUAAUACAACAGUGUGCAGAGCUUUAAGUGUACCUCCCUAUUCAGACCAAGCUUCACUCUACGUACAUUGGCCUUACUGCUUGAAGCGAUGCUCAUACUGCAACUUUAAUAAGUAUAUCCCUCGCUCAGUGGACAACAAGGUUAUGAGGGACUGCCUACAACAGGAGACCCAGACAUUGCUGCAGAUGAGCCAGGUUUCCAGAAUUAGCUCUGUGUUUUUUGGUGGAGGAACACCCAGCCUGGCCCAGCCCUCAACUGUGACUGCUGUCCUAGAGACCGUUUCCAAACACGCACAUCUCUCUGAUCACACUGAGGUUACACUGGAGGUGAACCCUGCGCCCACUGGUAGAGCUCCACUCAAAGACUUUGUGGCUGCUGGAGUCAACCGACUCUCAAUUGGAGUGCAGUCUCUAAAUGAGGCCAACUUGAAGGUACUGGGCAGGGAUCACAAUUCUCAGCAAGCACUGCAGACGGUGUUAGAAGCCAAAACGCUCUGCCCUGGACAGGUCUCCAUUGAUGUCAUGUUUGGAAUUCCUGGCCAGAGCGUAUCCUCAUGGGAGAGCGAGCUGGAGGAGGUGCUGUGUAUGUGUGAUGACCACAUCUCUUUGUACCAGCUGACCCUGGAGAGAGGCACUCAGCUCUUCAAACAAGUUCAGCAUAGCCAACUGAGCAUGCCCAGUGAUGAGGAUACUGCCAAAAUGUACACCUCUGCUCGAAAGAUUCUUAAGAAGGCUGGCUUCCUUCAGUACGAGGUGUCUAACUUUGCCAGAAAUAAUGCUGUCAGUACACACAACAUUGGUUACUGGAAAGCACAGCAGUAUAUUGGCAUCGGACCUGGAGCACAUGGGCGCUUCAUUCCUCGGGCACUGGGUGGAGUUUACAGGGAGGCACGAACUCAGACGUUAGAGCCAGAUGUUUGGAUGAGAGAAGUUCAGCAGCACAGGCAUGCAACACGCAGACGGAUUCAACUCAGCCAGCUGGGACUCUUGGAGGAGGUUUUGGUCAUGGGAUUGAGAAUGACUGAAGGAAUCUGUCACCAGCACUGGACAGCAUUCAGCCCUGAAGGAAACUUGCACCAAGUUUUUGGAGCAUCUACAGAUGUUCAGGAACUGCAGCAGAAAGGAUUUCUGAUCCUUGAUGACGGGGGACUGCGUUGUUCCUGGAAUGGUUUAGCGUUAUUGGACAGUAUUUUGCCAGUGCUGUUACUGCAAUUGGAGACUUUCUUUCACACACCGAGAUCAGCAAUGCUUAAUACAACAGCUGAUAGACAGAGGGACAGGUGAGAGUUCACUUCACCUUUAGUAAGGGAUUAUAUAUGUUUGAUUAUGUUAUAAUAAAAUGGGCAGCAUGGUGGCUAAGUGGUUAGCACUGUCGCCUCACAGCAAGAAGGUCCUGGGUUCGAUCCCCAGGUGGGUUGGUCCCCAGGUGGUUCUGUGUGGAGUUUGCAUGUUCUCCCCGUGUCUGCGUGGGUUUCCUCCAGGUGCUCCAGUUUUCAUCCCACAGUCCAAAAACAUGCAGCCAGGCUAAUUGGAGACACUGAAUUGUCCUAUAGGUACCUAGCUGCUAGGAUGCAUAAACCAGUGCAUUGUAGUGCCGGUCCCAAGCCCAGAUAAAUAGGGAGGGUUGUGUCAGGAAGGGCAUCCGGCGUGAAAACUGUGCCAAAUCAAUAAUGCAGAUCACGAUCCUCCGGCGACCCCUAAUGGGAGCAGCCAAGGAAAUAGAGAUUAUGUUAUAAAAAUGGGAAGCUAGAAUAUCUGUGUAACUGGAAUAUCUGGGGAAUUUAGUGUUUCAUUGAGUGUAGAAGCACAUAUAAUAAAAAAAUAAUCAGCAAAAGUUUUGUAUGAUUAUUAUAAUUAUUGUAUUUGUUAUAAGAAGCACUUUUUAAAAUAUUGCCUGUGAAUUUCUUCAUAUUGUACAGAGUUGUUUUUUAAAUACUUAUAAUUUGUAUUAAAUAUAAUA